UCUAAUUCAGCUCUUCAGCUAUCAUGGAUUGGCACUUUCGGCUCCUUUUUGCUAUCAUUUUUGUUUCACAACAGUGGUAUUUUAGCAAUGGCAGAAGAUUUAAUUUCUCCGACAAUAAUCCUUUUGCUAAUUACGACACAGCUGAGGCAUUUACAAGAUCAUUUGUGCAACAUGUAAUACAAUAUAAUAUUUUUGGGAAUCAAACUGUUCAAGAUAUUGAAGGCAUUGUAGAUACUCUUGUAAUGGCCAUGAAAGAAUCAUCUCAAGGGCAGACUGAAUCUCGGACCCAGAUAAAAGCUAUGACGAUGGCUUUUGCGUCUUCAAUUGCAGAGCUUAUUGUAGCUGAAAAUAGUCAAGAAAUGGAUAUUCAAAAGAAGACACACUUGAUUGUGAAAGCUUUAGAAGAUGCAUUCAAAGAAACAACGGGAGAAGUCAACAGAGGCUUUAUUCAGCAAGUCAAAAUACUUGUAGAACUAUUUUCACUAGAAUCUGGUGAAACAGAAUCUUUUGGAGAGUCUGAGAUAGAUGAGAUGCCUUACAGCGAAAUUAUCAGUAUUGGAAGUUUACCUUCAUCAGACACUAUUGUAAUGCCAUUUGAUGCCGGAAGAAUGCUACCCGAAAUGCCCGAAAUGAUGAUGAUGUCCUUCGGUGGUGCCAUGCCAGGACAAAUGGAAGAAUACAGUCCACAAGGAAAUAUGAUGAAUUUACCACAAUACAUGUCAUGGCAAAGUGGCAAUGUUAUGCAAGAAAAGGCAUAUACUCCAGAAAGUGGUGAAAUGAUGUUAGGUGCACCUGCUCCUACAGCAGAUGGCGUACCAAAAGAAUCUGAACUAAAUCAAUUUGAAAUUCCGGAAUCUCCAAAAGCAAUGGAAAUGUUUUUCAAUUUACCAAGUAUGUGGUCUAUGGGUCAACUACAAGGAUUUCCUCAACCUAUUGAAGGACAAAAUAUGCCAAUGGAAAUGGAAGCAAGAAUACCAGGUCCAUAUCCAUGGCAAUACGGUAUGGUUCCCUCAGGGCAACAGCCUAACCAACCCAUGAUGUUCAUGACUGGAGAAAGAAGCCCGAUGGAGAAUAAUGAAGAAAAGCCCAUGUAUGGUUUACGAGUACCGUCAGGUGAAAAUAAUGGUAUGGAUAUGAAACCUGAUGAAAUUGAAUCAUUUAUGCCAGGUGUAAUGCCACCUAAAGGCUCAGCAGAUGAUAAGCAUCCCAAACCACAAGAUUCUGAUAGAAAACCGAGAGUUAACUUAGGAAUGGCCGGUAAACCAACGAAGAAACAUCCUUCUGGGAGUGGACAUUUACUCGGAGCCCCAGCACCUACACAGUCAGGAAGUACAAAUGCGCCCAUGGGUUAUGAAGAAUUCUUCCCCAUGGAGACAGGGGAAUAUAUUGAACCAUAUGAGCUAGAAGGAAGAAUGCCUGCUCCUUAUUCUUGGAGGUUUGGAAUGAUGCCCCAAAUGGAUCAACAAGAACAAUCCUUCAUGUAUAUGAUGGGAGAAAGGCAGCCAACAGAUAGAAGAGAAUUUAUGGGAGCUCAAAUGCCAUCAAUGGAAAAUGUUCGUAUGGGUAUGAAUCCAGAAGAAAAUAAACCUUUUAUGGGACCUCAAAUCCCAUCAAUGGAAAAUGUUCGUAUGGGUAUGAAUCCAGAAGAAAAUGAAUCAUAUGGUUACCAAGCAAUGUUCCCUAGAAGAUAUUAUGAUAAAAAAUCCCAAACACCUAAACAAAUUCAAAAUGAUAAACCUUUGGGCAAAGGGGAACCCAGUGGCCCUAGUCAGAACGUAGGAAAGGCAGUACAGCCAGAUAAAAACGAUUCUUCUGGAGUUCUACUAGGGGCUCCAGCACCAGGAUCAGUAUCCACGACAUCAGGAACAACUGUUAACAUAGGACAUGGAGUGAGAAAUGAUGCACCAAAAGGUAAUUAUAAUAAUAAUAAUCGAGGAAUAGAGGUUGAUGAAGACAUAACUAUUUAUAUAAACGGAAGACCAGUAGGAGAAAAAGAUAUCAGAGAAUUCUUUAAUAGCAAAGGACAAUUAGAACACUUCGAAGAAUUCAAUCCUCAAGAAAAGUCAUCACAAGGACCACUCACGAUGCAAGCACCAUCGUCUCUGCAACAGAUCUCAAGUACCACUAAAGAAAAUACAACUCCAGCAACAACAUCAGGAACAAGCAGUUCCACACAAGCUUCUACACAAACAUCGGCUUUAAGUUCCAGUACUAAAAGCUCUAUGCCAAGUAUUGGCAGCAGUGUAACACCAUCCAUAACUUCGGCUAGUACUCCAGCAAUAUCACAUCCAACUAAGAAAAAACACAGAAAAAGGCAUCAUCCAAGAGUUGCUAACGCUCCUAUGCCUCCAAAAUCGAUGCAAACUUCUCCAAGUAGCGUUUCAGGUGGAAGCCCAAUAACAACAUCUGCUACGACGCCAGCAAGCACACCUACUCCUGGAUCCACUGCAGCUUCUCCAGCCUCAGGUGGAAGUUCUGGAACUCCUGGUUCCACAUCAAGUGGCGGAAGCCCUAUGACAACUUCCGCUGCAACUCCAGCAAGUACACCUACACCAGGCUCAACUCCAGCCUCUCCAGCUUCAGGUGGCAGCUCUGGAACACCUGAUUCCCCUUCAAGUGGUGGUAGUCCAAUGACUACUUCAGCUACUACUCCGGCAAGUACACCUACACCAGGCUCAACUCCAGCAUCUACAGCUUCAGGUGGCAGUUCUGGAACACCUGGUUCCACUUCAAGUGGUGGUAGUCCAAUGACUACUUCCGCAACAACACCAGCAAAUGCACCAACGAAAGGCUCUUCUGCAGGAUCCAGUCCUGCCGGAGGUAGUUCCGGUACUCCUGCUUCGACAUCAAGUGGCGGAAGCCCAAUGACAACAUCUGCUACGACGCCAGCAAGCACACCUACUCCCGGAUCCACUCCAGCUUCUCCAGCCUCAGGUGGAAGUUCUGGAACUCCUGGUUCCACUUCAAGUGGCGGAAGCCCUAUGACAACUUCCGCUACUACUCCAGCAAGUACACCUACACCAGGCUCAACUCCAGCAUCUCCAGCUUCAGGUGGCAGUUCUGGAACACCUGGUUCCACUUCAAGUGGUGGUAGUCCAAUGACUACUUCCGCAACAACACCAGCGAAUGCACCAACGAAAGGCUCUUCUGUAGGCUCCAGUCCUGCCGGAGGUAGUUCCGGCACUCCUGCUACGACGUCAAGUGGUGGAAGCCCAAUGACAACAUCAGCUACGACGCCAGCAAGCACACCUACUCCUGGAUCCACUCCAGCAUCUCCAGCCUCAGGCGGAAGUUCUGGAACUCCUGGUUCCACAUCAAGUGGCGGAAGUCCUAUGACAACUUCCGCUACAACUCCAGCAAGUACACCUACACCAGGCUCAACUCCAGCAUCUCCAGCUUCAGGUGGCAGCUCUGGAACACCUGGAUCCACUUCAAGUGGUGGUAGUCCGAUGACUACUUCCGCAACAACACCAGCAAACGCACCAACGAAAGGCUCUUCUGCAGGAUCCAGUCCUGCCGGAGGUAGUUCCGGCACUCCUGCUACGACGUCAAGUGGUGGAAGCCCAAUGACAACAUCAGCUACGACGCCUGCAAGCACACCUACUCCUGGAUCCACUCCAGCUUCUCCAGCCUCAGGUGGAAGUUCUGGAACUCCUGGUUCCACUUCAAGUGGCGGAAGCCCUAUGACAACUUCCGCUACAACUCCAGCAAGUACACCUACACCAGGCUCAACUCCAGCAUCUCCAGCUUCAGGUGGCAGCUCUGGAACACCUGGGUCCACUUCAAGUGGUGGUAGUCCGAUGACUACUUCCGCAACAACACCAGCAAACGCACCAACGAAAGGCUCCUCUGCAGGAUCCAGUCCUGCCGGAGGUAGUUCCGUGACUCCUGCUACGACGUCAAGUGGUGGAAGCCCAAUGACAACAUCGGCUACGACGCCUGCAAGCACACCUACUCCUGGAUCCACUCCAGCUUCUCCAGCCUCAGGUGGAAGUUCUGGAACUCCUGGUUCCACUUCAAGUGGCGGAAGCCCUAUGACAACUUCCGCUACAACUCCAGCAAGUACACCUACACCAGGCCCCACUCCAGCAUCUCCAGCUUCAGGUGGCAGCUCUGGAACACCUGGGUCCACUUCAAGUGGUGGUAGUCCAAUGACUACUUCCGCAACAACACCAGCAAACGCACCAACGAAAGGCUCUUCUGCAGGAUCCAGUCCUGCCGGAGGUAGUUCCGGCACUCCUGCUACGACGUCAAGUGGUGGAAGCCCAAUGACAACAUCAGCUACGACGCCUGCAAGCACACCUACUCCUGGAUCCACUCCAGCUUCUCCAGCCUCAGGUGGAAGUUCUGGAACUCCUGGUUCCACUUCAAGUGGCGGAAGCCCUAUGACAACUUCCGCUACAACUCCAGCAAGUACACCUACACCAGGCUCAACUCCAGCAUCUCCAGCUUCAGGUGGCAGCUCUGGAACACCUGGGUCCACUUCAAGUGGUGGUAGUCCGAUGACUACUUCCGCAACAACACCAGCAAACGCACCAACGAAAGGCUCCUCUGCAGGAUCCAGUCCUGCCGGAGGUAGUUCCGUGACUCCUGCUACGACGUCAAGUGGUGGAAGCCCAAUGACAACAUCGGCUACGACGCCUGCAAGCACACCUACUCCUGGAUCCACUCCAGCUUCUCCAGCCUCAGGUGGAAGUUCUGGAACUCCUGGUUCCACUUCAAGUGGCGGAAGCCCUAUGACAACUUCCGCUACAACUCCAGCAAGUACACCUACACCAGGCUCAACUCCAGCAUCUCCAGCUUCAGGUGGCAGCUCUGGAACACCUGGGUCCACUUCAAGUGGUGGUAGUCCAAUGACUACUUCCGCAACAACACCAGCAAACGCACCAACGAAAGGCUCUUCUGCUGGAUCCAGUCCUGCCGGAGGUAGUUCUGGCACUCCUGCUACGACGUCAAGUGGUGGAAGCCCAAUGACAACAUCAGCUACGACGCCUGCAAGCACACCUACUCCUGGAUCCACUCCAGCUUCUCCAGCCUCAGGUGGAAGUUCUGGAACUCCUGGUUCCACUUCAAGUGGCGGAAGCCCUAUGACAACUUCCGCUACAACUCCAGCAAGUACACCUACACCAGGCUCAACUCCAUCAUCUCCAGCUUCAGGUGGCAGCUCUGGAACACCUGGGUCCACUUCAAGUGGUGGUAGUCCGAUGACUACUUCCGCAACAACACCAGCAAACGCACCAACGAAAGGCUCCUCUGCAGGAUCCAGUCCUGCCGGAGGUAGUUCCGUGACUCCUGCUACGACGUCAAGUGGUGGAAGCCCAAUGACAACAUCGGCUACGACGCCUGCAAGCACACCUACUCCUGGAUCCACUCCAGCUUCUCCAGCCUCAGGUGGAAGUUCUGGAACUCCUGGUUCCACUUCAAGUGGCGGAAGCCCUAUGACAACUUCCGCUACAACUCCAGCAAGUACACCUACACCAGGCUCAACUCCAGCAUCUCCAGCUUCAGGUGGCAGCUCUGGAACACCUGGGUCCACUUCAAGUGGUGGUAGUCCGAUGACUACUUCCGCAACAACACCAGCAAACGCACCAACGAAAGGCUCCUCUGCAGGAUCCAGUCCUGCCGGAGGUAGUUCCGGCACUCCUGCUACGACGUCAAGCGGUGGAAGCCCAAUGACAACAUCAGCUACGACGCCUGCAAGCACACCUACUCCUGGAUCCACUCCAGCUUCUCCAGCCUCAGGUGGAAGUUCUGGAACUCCUGGUUCCACUUCAAGUGGUGGAAGCCCUAUGACAACUUCCGCUACAACUCCAGCAAGUACACCUACACCAGGCUCAACUCCAGCAUCUCCAGCUUCAGGUGGCAGCUCUGGAACACCUGGGUCCACUUCAAGUGGUGGUAGUCCAAUGACUACUUCCGCAACAACACCAGCAAACGCACCAACGAAAGGCUCUUCUGCCGGAUCCAGUCCUGCCGGAGGUAGUUCCGGCACUCCUGCUACGACAUCAAGUGGUGGAAGCCCACUGACAACAUCGGCUACGACGCCUGCAAGCACACCUACUCCUGGAUCCACUCCAGCUUCUCCAGCCUCAGGUGGAAGUUCUGGAACUCCUGGUUCCACUUCAAGUGGUGGAAGCCCUAUGACAACUUCCGCUACAACUCCAGCAAGUACACCUACACCAGGCUCAACUCCAGCAUCUCCAGCUUCAGGUGGCAGCUCUGGAACACCUGGGUCCACUUCAAGUGGUGGUAGUCCAAUGACUACUUCCGCAACAACACCAGCAAACGCACCAACGAAAGGCUCUUCUGCCGGAUCCAGUCCUGCCGGAGGUAGUUCCGGCACUCCUGCUACGACAUCAAGUGGUGGAAGCCCACUGACAACAUCGGCUACGACGCCUGCAAGCACACCUACUCCUGGAUCCACUCCAGCUUCUCCAGCCUCAGGUGGAAGUUCUGGAACUCCUGGUUCCACUUCAAGUGGCGGAAGCCCUAUGACAACUUCCGCUACAACUCCAGCAAGUACACCUACACCAGGCUCAACUCCAGCAUCUCCAGCUUCAGGUGGCAGCUCUGGAACACCUGGGUCCACUUCAAGUGGUGGUAGUCCGAUGACUACUUCCGCAACAACACCAGCAAACUCACCAACGAAAGGCUCCUCUGCAGGGUCCAGUCCUGCCGGAGGUAGUUCCGGGACUCCUGCUACGACGUCAAGUGGUGGAAGCCCAAUGACAACAUCGGCUACGACGCCUGCAAGCACACCUACUCCUGGAUCCACUCCAGCUUCUCCAGCCUCAGGUGGAAGUUCUGGAACUCCUGGUUCCACUUCAAGUGGCGGAAGUCCUAUGACAACUUCCGCUACAACUCCUGCAAGUACACCUACACCAGGAUCAACACCUGCUUCUCCAGCUUCAGGUGGCAGCUCUGGAUCACCUGGUUCAACCUCAAGUGGUGGAAGUCCAAUGACAACUUCCGCUACAACUCCUGCAAGUACACCUACACCAGGAUCAACACCUGCUUCUCCAGCUUCAGGUGGCAGCUCUGGAUCACCUGGAUCCACUUCAAGUGGUGGUAGUCCGAUGACUACUUCCGCAACAACACCAGCAAACGCACCAACGAAAGGCUCUUCUGCAGGAUCCAGUCCUGCCGGAGGUAGUUCCGGCACUCCUGCUACGACGUCAAGUGGUGGAAGCCCAAUGACAACAUCAGCUACGACGCCUGCAAGCACACCUACUCCUGGAUCCACUCCAGCUUCUCCAGCCUCAGGUGGAAGUUCUGGAUCUCCUGGUUCCACUUCAAGUGGCGGAAGCCCUAUGACAACUUCCGCUACAACUCCGGCAAGUACACCUACGGCAGGUUCAACUCCAGCUUCUCCAGCUUCAGGCGGCAGUUCAGGCACCUCUGGUUCUUCUUCGAGUGGUGGUAGUCCAAUGACAACUUCUGCUACUACAGCUGCAAGUAAAUCAACUCUGCCGGAAAUAGAACUCGAUGAAGAUUUGACCAUUUUUGUUAAUGGGAAGAAAUUUGGUAAUUCUCAUUUUGAAAUUGACUUUCCUGAUUCAAGUGAAGAUGGCGAUUACAGCAAUAUGUUGAUGCAAAUGGCACCAUCUGAAUUUAUGAACUUUUUCAAAAUGAAUGACUUGCAAGGUGUGCCUUCGAAUGAAUAUUUACCUUCUAGCAAUACCGAAGCUUCUAAUGGUCUUUUAGGUGCUCCUGCCCCAUCGAGCUUAGAUGAUUCUUCUUCUAAACCUGACAAUGAUAGCCCUUCCAUGAAUUACCAAUAUCAACCUGAUGAAAGUGAAAAAGUACCUGAUUCAAGCAAUCAGGGAGAAUUAGAAAUGAUGGGUUACCCUGGUUACUCUAUGGACAUUUCAUCCGAAACGCCUGAAACUGAUAUUAUUAAUUCUAUUAAUGCUUUAUUUCGGACUCUUAUGGGUAUGUUGUCUGAACCUGAGAAACCGAAUGAUAAUGCUUCUGCACCAACUCUGGACAGCAGUUCAGAGAAGCCCAGUGAUUCAAAUGGCAACAUGCUCGGUGCCGCUGUUCCGUUUGAUGCUAGUACAGAGGGCCCCGAUGAUAUGGAUACCAAUCUACUUAGUGCUCCUGCCCCAUUCUUUGAUCUUAGUACGGAAAGACCUGAUGACUUUGAUAGAGAUUUGCUCGGGGCUCCUUCUCCAAACGAAGAAAGUAAUGCUGAACAGCAAAGUCAACCCGAAUAUUAUUCUCCGAAUGUACCAGCUCCUGGUUACGAUUACCUAAUGGCAGCGCCAUAUAUGGGAGGGGAAUAUAAUCCUUUUGAAGGAAGUUUGGACAUGUAUCCAAACGAUGAAAAUCGAUACUUUAGAGUAGAAACUGGAGAUGGGGAAUAUUUACUGGAACUACCGCAAUUCGAUUCGAGCUACCCAAUUCCUCAAGACAGCGAAUAUAUGAAAGAUUACUUCCCUGAGCCAAGCAUCCAAAAUGGAGAACCUCAGUAUUUUAGAAUACAGACAGGAGGUAACGAAUACAUUUUGGAAGUUCCGGGUCCUGAUACCAGUGAUUAUGGCGUAGAAUUACAACCAAGCGAUAAUGAACAACAGCCCCAAUACUUUAGAAUCAAUACUGGAGGUAAUGAGUACCUAUUGGAAUUACCAAAUUAUGAUUAUUACAGCAACCAAAAUGGUCAGCCUCUUUAUUAUGCUGUUGAAAAUCCUAUGAUUUCAGCUAUGCAGCCAAAUAACGAAGAACCACCCCCGCAAUAUAUCAUGGUUAAUCCAGAAGGAAAUUCUUAUAUAAUGGAACCAAGUUACGAGUACUACAGCGAUGAAGAUUAUUUGAGUCCAGGUGAAGAAUCCAUGAUGUAUCAAUUUGCACCUCCUCCAAAAGAUUCUUUCUCUUCAGAUCAGUCUAGCUCCCCAUACGAUGAAAGUGAUCUGGGUGGAGGUGUCCAACCUGUGACAUCUCAAGAGAUGCCAAGUGGAGAUUCGCUUUUGGGAGCACCUGCACCAGACAGUACAUUCCCGCCCCAGCAAGAUGAAGCUGACACUUCAUCUUUCAGCGAUAAACCAACACAAGAAGAACCAGAAUAUUCUGAAGAUAACGAGUCAUUUGAUCAAAAUAACAUGCCAUAUAUGACAGUUAAUUCCGAUGAAAAUGGUAGCCAACCAAAAAAAGAAGGGAUUCCUUCUCUGUUUUCCAAUUCGGAUGAGCAAAAUAUUUUACCAUCGGACUCUACUGAAUACGAUGGUAGCUUAAAUGAGCCAAGUCAGAAUUAUGAACCAAUUGAUUCGGAUGUUCCAUUUUCAAAACCAAAUUUCUAUGCUUAUUCUUAUGAUGAAUCCCCAACUGAUGUUCAGUAUCCUAAUGAAUUUUAUGGAAGUGAUUAUGGUAUGCCUCAGAUGCCGUCAUACUUUCAGCCAUUUGAUUCAUACGGAGAUCCAUUUAUAGUAAAUGGCAAACCUGAUUAUAAUUCACCUGAUUAUAAAACAGAUGGACAACCAGAUAUAGGAGAGAUGCCUGGACAGUUUCCUGACAGACCUUCCGGAUCAUUUGGUAUGUAUCAACCAUUCUAUCUACCUUCUGAUUAUACCGGCUAUGAAGGGUCACCUAACUUCGAAAACGGAAACUACCCGUUCUUUCAACCAUUUCGAAUGCCGUUCGGACAAAUUCCCUUCGGUGAUUAUCCUUAUCAAUAUCCGAAUCAGUAUAAUGGUGGUGGUUCAAUACCAUUCCAAGGUAGCCCAAUGCAACCAGAAACUUAUAAAAACAAUGAAGAGCCUGAUCAAAGUAAUCAAGACUAUCCUUCCCCAUCAGAUGAUAACGACAACAUGGAUCAAGCUCCAUCACCAAGUAAUGAAGUUAAUUAUCCAGCUGACAAUAAACCGUCAGAAGACACCAGUGACAAUAUGUCUUUUAAAUCUCCUUUCCAAUAUUUUGGAAUGGGAUUUGCACCCGCUGAAUAUCAACAUUCCAUGGAAUCUAACGAGUAUGUACCUCCUCAAUCCUCUUUACAAUACUCUGGAGAAGGAUAUGAGUCACCUGAAUAUGAGCCUUCGGAAGAACCUAAUGAUAACACACCCUCACAAACUCCUGACCAAAGUAUUGAAAAAGAAUAUCCAGUGCCAGAUUAUGAAUCGUUGGAUAAUACCAAUGAAGAUAUGCCACCUGAAACUCCUUCACAAGAUACUGGAAAUGAGUAUGCGCCCUUUGACUCUAACCCAUCUGAGAACUCAUCUAUUCCUCAAACUCCUGAACAAAAUAUUGGAGAAGGAUAUACAUCUUCUGAAUAUGAAUCACCAGAAGAAACCAACGAAAAUACGCCUCCUCGCACUUCCGAAGAGAGCACUGGAGGAGAAUAUAUGCCCUUUGAUUAUAAUCCUUCCGAGAAUCUACCUUCUCAAAGUCCUCAACAAUCUACUGGAACAGAAAGUGCUUCGUCUGAAUACAGUUAUGAAUAUUACAUUUACGAUGAUGAUGAUGACGAUGAUUAUGAAGGUGAUGACCAAAUACUUCAGGAUACUGCACCUGAAACUGAUGAAAAUGAGCAAACAAAUAUCCCUGAUAAUGAUGAACUUCUCAGUGCGCCAGAACCAGAAUUUUAUGAAUAUCAACAACCCAAUGUUCCUGAUAAUGAAAUUCUAGGUGCACCUGCACCAACGGAUUUAGAAUCCAGUUCCACACAAGUCCCAGAAAUCACCUCUGUCCAUGAAGGAGUAAAACCGCUCUCAAAUAUGAUGAAUAUACUUAGCAAACAGCUUGAUUCUGAUGGUUCAAAUCCUGAUUUCCAGCAAUUUGCAAUGGUACUUUCAAAAAUGUUAGAUUCAAUGGACCAUGGUGAAGAUGAAGAUUCUCCUUGCUGCAGAAUGAAAAAUCUUUUGCUUCAAUCGUUGUUUGCAUCAAUGCAAUACAUAGCUAAAAUGUCAAAUAAACAAUAAAUACGCUUUCCUGAUUUAGUUUUUAAACGGCAAAUAUGGAGCAUAAUUUGCAAUGUAAUUAAACACAAUUUAUGGUAUAUUUCAAAAUUUGAUAUCAACGAUGUUGCAUUCGGUGUUUCCUUGCUUCAUUUGUUUUCGUUGUCAUUUUCUUUAUAAUAUUGUUUGAAUCAUAAUAAAGGAAGCAGUCAA